UGAUAAUACUUACUAUUUUUUUUUUUUAUAGUAAUAAAAUAAUAUAACUUAAAACUUAAUUGUUGUUCAUUUAAAAUUAUUAUUUCUUAUUAUUUCUUAUUUUUAUUUAUUCACAAUGAGUCUUUUAUUUAAUAAAUGCUGUUUGCGUUGUUCAAAUGUUCAUAACUAUUUCAAGUUCACAGCACUGUAUUCAACUCAAACACAUUUUGGUUUUCAGACAGUUGAUGAAGCGGACAAAUCAAAAAAAGGUAUUUAAAAUACUCCUUCAUAGUAUUAAUUCCCCCAACAUUUAGGGAAACUAUGAAAAAACAUAAAAUACUGCGUAAUAAAUGGAAAAAGAUUUGCCGCAAACGCCGGCGCCAAAAAAAUGCAAUUGAACGAGAAGAAUCACUUCAAAAACACAUUCAAAAUCGUUCAAACUCUCCAACGUUUCAAAAAUGGCAACAAAAUGAAGAAGAGUUAGAAGAAUUCAAACGGAAUGAAUAUGAACGGAUUUCUAGUUUACAAUACAAUGAAUGGAUUGAACGAGAAUAUAAAGCUAUAGAAGAAUGGGAAUCAUUACAGAAGAAGCUUAGCAAAAUUAAACAAGAAAAAGAGCAAAAAGAAUUGGUAAUAAAAUUAGAAUGGGAAAGGGAACAAAACAAAAUUAAAGAGAUAGAAGAAAAGAAGAAAAAAGAACAACAGCUCCAAGAAGAAAUAAAUGCUAAAUUUAUUGAAGGAAUAGAAAUGUAUAUUAAUGGUCUUGGUCCUCUACCUGAAUCCAUAAACGUCAAUACAAGUUCAAGACCAGAUCAGCCACUUUGUCCUUUUUUUUCUAAAGUUGCUGCUUGUCGUUUCCGUGAUAACUGUUCAAGAAAUCACAUUCGACCAGGUAUAAGCAAUACAUUGUUGAUUCCAGGAUUUUAUAAAAAUUUUGAAUUGAACAUGCGGUUUGAACGAGAAUUUGACAUAGAUAUUGGUCUAGAAUGUGAUGAAAAAGAGGCGUAUCAGAAAUUUUAUGAAUUUUUCGAAGAUAUAUUAGUUGAGCUUAAAAGUUAUGGUCAAAUAAUUGAACUUAAUGUUUGUAGAAAUCAAGAAAUGCAUCUUAUGGGCAAUGUAUAUGUCCAGUAUAGAAGUAGACGUCAUUCUUUAAAAGCAUAUCGAAACCUAUGUGGUCGUUACUAUGGUGGACGUAAAAUAACAGCAGAAUUCUGUACCAUUCCUUCAUGGUCAGAAGCAGUAUGCGGGUUAUUUUUUAGAAAAAUGUGUCCAAAGGGAAAAAAUUGUAAUUACUUGCAUUUGUAUAAAAAUCCAGGGGGUAAAUAUCAAUCAAGACCUCAACGAAAUAACUCUAGUCAAAGUUUCAGAGAAAUGAAAAAGUCUAGUAGAAGGGAACAAGAACAAGAUGAUCAUUCUAAAAAAAGAAACAGUUCAAAAUUAGAAAAAAGAAGAUCUAUAGAUGGUUCAUCUCAGAAAGAUAACUUGAAUACACUUAAAUGGGAUAAUACUCCAGAUCGAAAAAACAAAAGUCAUGAAACUUAUAACUGGUCUAGUGACGACGAUUAAGCAAUUUAGUAACUACCAAGCACUGCAAGUGGAUAAUACAAAAAUAAUAAAUGUACUUUGUCCUUUAUAUGUUUACAAGACUGAAAUAUGAAUAAUUAUAUUCCUCCUUUACACAAAUUUUCUAUUAUUAUAUACAUCUUCAAAAAAUAUGAUUGUUUUUUUAUUUUAUGUAGCUAUUAAAAUUGUAUUCCCAUUAAACUUGUUGAUAUCAUAAAAUAAUUAUUUCAUAUUAUAUUAUUAAUAUGGUAAUAUUACCAUAUACUCUGUUUAAUAUUUUAAUUUAUAGAAAAUGUAAUAAUUGCUAAAAUAAAAUGUAAUUAAAAUUAUAUGUAUUACAUAAUAGCAACUAUUGUGGUAUAGGAUUUAUUUUAAUUUUCAGCAAUAAUAUAUACAUUAUAAACUAGUUUAUUUGUUAAUUUGUUUGAAAGAUUUCAUAAAACAUUACUAAACAUACAUUUAAAAAAUGUAUCUUUCUUAAUUGUCUGUUUAUUAUUCUAGCCCACUAUAAAAUAAUUUAAACAAAAAUACAUUUUUAAAUGUAAAUAUUGAUAUGACUAAAAUGAGUUGCACUAAUGAACAUUUGUCAAGUUAUUUAAACAAUUUUAAUCAAAUUUUUAGUGCACCAAGUUUUUAAAAAUGUCGCGGAUUCUUAUGAUGUCAUGAAUGAUGUAAUGAGCUGUGGAAUACAUAGACUAUGGAAAGAUGAAUUAAUGAAAACAUUAGAUCCAAGUCCACGUACACGGUUAUUAGAUGUUGCUGGUGGAACAGGUAUUUUUUUUAUGUAAUACAUAUCACUAUUAAUAAUAAGUACUUAGGUAGUUUAUUUUUAUAAUACUGAGUUAUUAAAAAUAGAUGUAGAUAUGUAACUAUAUAUAUAGUUAUAAUUUCCAUAUAGAAUAUAUGGCAUUCUUAAGUUUACUAGUCUAUUUAAAUUGCUUCAACAAGCUAUACAUUUUUUUUUGUUAAGGUUUCUAAAUUUAAUUUUAAAAAACUUACCAAAAUUUAACAUAGUGGUCAAAUUGUAUUGAACAAAACAAUUAAUAAAGCCGACUCGUUUAUUAUUCUGUUGUUUAAUGCAUUUUUUUUUUUUAUAUAUAUAUAGGAGAUAUUGCUUUUAGAUAUUUGAAUUAUAUAUCAGAUAUGAAAGGAGAUGGACACGUAACAAUUGCUGACAUUAAUGGAUCAAUGUUGGAAGAAGGAAAAAAAAGAGCUCUAAAUUUGAAAUUAAAUCAAGACAAAGUUUCAUGGGUAGAGUGUGAUGCAGAGAAUUUACCAAUGGAAUCGGAUUCUUAUUCUGCUUAUACCAUAGCGUUUGGUAUUCGUAAUGUGACACACAUUGACAAAGUCUUAGACGAAGCAUACAGAGUUCUUGAACCAGGAGGUAGAUUUCUAUGUUUAGAAUUUAGUCAAGUUAAUCCGACCGCUUUAAGAUGGUAAACCACAAUUUUAAUUUUCCUUUUAUAUUUACUUAAAUCAAUUAUUAUUGUAUAUUCGAUUGAAUUUUUCUUAAAGGUUAUAUGAUCAAUAUUCAUUUAAUGUAAUACCAGUUAUGGGACAUAUAGUUGCUGGGCAAUGGAAACCCUACCAAUAUUUAGUGGAAAGUAUCAGAAAAUUUCCAUGUCAGGUAAAAUUUGGAAAUUAUUUGUAUUCUUUUUCCCUUUAAAUUAUAAUCAACUAAAUAUAGGUAACUAUUACACAAAUAAAGAAAGUAAAAGUUCUUAUUUUUUUUUUACAGGAAGAUUUCAAAUACAUGAUAGAGUGUGCUGGCUUCAGAUGUGUCACAUAUACAAACUUAACAUUCGGUGUUGUAGCAAUUCAUUCAGGAUUUAAAUUGUAAUACUGCUAAUAAAUUAAGAACAAUAUUGUAAAUAAUUAUCACGAUACUAUAAUUAAAGUGAGAAUAUAGAGAACUGUUAAUUUAAAAUUUUAUUUUAGAAUUCAUUAAUCAAUAAUCAUCAAUGUUAAGUCGCUACUUGAAACAUUCUUGUUUACAUCAAAAACACAAAAUAUUUUAUAUAUCUAAUUGCAAAAUGAAAAAAAUUCAAAUUAAAAAAAAAAAAAACUUUUAUAAGAUCUAAAAGUACCAUAAACAUAUUAAUAAUAAAAAAAAAAAAAAUUAUACAUAAGUAAACAAUAACAAUAUAAUCCACUUUUAACUGUUAUCUAUAUUGGUGACAUAUUCUGGUAGCAUUGAAAAUAAUAAAAUAUUAAAAUGUAAUGCUGGAUUGCAUAUAAUUUACAAGACAUCGUAAAAACCAUUCUUCUAGUUACAAAACUUUUCUCAGUAUAAUGAACAUUAUAUGCAUUCCAACACAAUCUCUAAAUAACUAUUUAAAUUAAAUAUACAGUCCCAAAUUUCAUUAACGUAUUUGCUUUUUUAAUGGACUAGAAAUAAUUAUAAUAAUAAUAUAAACUGUAAACAUGAAAAUACUAAUAAAAUAUUUUUUUUUACUGUGUAGUUAACAUAUUUUUAAUAAAAUAGUAAUGCAAGAAUGAGUAGCCUGUUAAGAAGGGAGUUAAAAAUGGCAAGGGGAAUAGAGUUUAAGCCAUUGUCAAUGGCACUCAAAAAAUAAAAUAUAUAUAUAUAUAUAUAUAUAUAUAUUUAUGUAUACAUAUAUAUAUUAAAAGCUACUCGCACAUUUUAGUUUAGAAAAAAUAAAAAUAAAAAUAGUUAGUAAUGAGAAAAAUUGUCAAGCCCUUCCAAUAAAUUAUUCAAUAAACACUUAUAAAUAAUAAAUUUAAAAAAUGCUCAGGGAAUGUAAUAAAUAUUGUAUAAUUUUGGUUAUUGAAAAUUAAAAACCGAAUGGCUAAUGCUCAUAAAAAUAUUUAUUUUUUUUUUUAAGAGUAGUUGGUGAAAUAUUUGUAUUUUAUUUUCAAUUAAAUUUUUGCAUAUUGGAAGGGGACAUGUGUGCAAUAGUCAACUCGAGAUUUAACCGCUCUUGAACAGCAGUAUGGCCACCUGGCCCAGAUAAAAGUAAAUAAAGUGCCUCGUUUCAUGGGUGACAUAACUUCCAAAAUUGCGGCCAACAAUACAAUGCCAAGUUGGAUUGUAUUUUUUGUCAAACUCUUUCUUUAUAUAUGCAGCAAUGUCCU